AUGGCGGAAGUAGCAUCCUUGACUCCUCCUCCUACUGCUGCUAGUAGUAGUAGAGAUGGCGUUACUAGUACUAUCCAUUUGGUGAAUGAACUUCGCCGCGUGACGAACGAUCCCAAAUUAGAAGAAUCCACGGCGCGCUUCUUUCUGGACAUGUGUGAAAACAAUGUCGAAUUGGCGGCCGUCUUUUACUACGAGCAGCAGCAACAGCAGCAAGAUAUAUCAUUAGUGCGACAAAUAGGUGACGCUAGUAUGACGACGAACAGUGUGAAUGGUCACUGUCAAAGCUGUGGGAUUCGUACUACUACCACAACGACGCUUCACUUGCGUGCGGGGCGCACUCGCCCCUUGACGAACCACGAAGUACACGAUGGGAUCUGCAUUGCGUGUUUUCCUGCACUGGUUCCCUUCAAGGCGAUGCACAAGUUCUUUCAUCGCAAUCUCAGGACGUGGCAAUCGGCUGGAUUGGUUCCUCUCAGUCUCGUGACAGGAGGACCUAGAACAGACGCCGCCAAAAAGAUUCGUCAGUGUCUCGACCAGCAGCGUCGCAUGUUGAGUUUGACCAAUGCUGGUUUGAUCACGCUGCCCAAUAGUCUGGGCUGUCUGCAACAGUUGGUGUUCUUGGAUUGCUCGCACAACAAACUGGAAGCUCUGCCAUCUGCCAUUGGAACUCUUUCAGCCUUGCAAGAACUACGGUGUCACCACAAUCGACUCGUUGCUCUGCCAGACAGAAUAGGAAAACUCACAAACCUCAAACUACUCCACUGUCAGCACAAUAAACUCACUGAUUUGCCACAAACCAUACAGACAACUUCACUACAAGAUCUCAAUUGUGCCUUCAACUCUCUAGAGAGACUCCCCGAACCCAUUCUGCACAUUCACACGCUCCAACGACUCUUUCUCGGAAACAAUCACAUGUCAAGACUCCCCGAUGCACUUACCACCACUGCUCUCCUCCCCAAUCUAUACUUGUUGCAUUGCGAACGCAACAAACUCGUCACAUUGCCCUACAAUUUGGGCGCCCUCACGACACUCCGGUCGCUCUGGGUACAAGGCAAUCAAUUAAAACAACUCCCUCCGUCGUUGACUUCCCUCACAAAACUGCAACAAUUGGAUUGCUCCCAAAAUCAAAUUGACAAUUUGCAACGUGUCCUUCGAGGAAUGCACUCGCUGCAAGUUUUAAAGUGCUUGGAGAGGGACAUUUAUCAAGGCGACUCUCUACGACAAUGGACUCAUAAUACUGAUGAAACAACUACUACUACUACUAGUACUGCCAUGGACAACAGGAAGUCCACCACUACCGGAGUCAGUGCUACUGUGGCGACUGCGGAUACGACUACUACGGUGGACAAAGACACGGUGGUGGCACAAUUGGAAUUGGACGACAGUCAUCAUCAUCAUCAACAAGAUGACGACGUACCCACGUUUCGAGUCUCUCUCGAUGGGCUUCCAUCCAUGGACAGCAGUAGUGCACAUCAUCACCACCGUCGUUCCAGUGUUCCUCCCAUUCCACUGCCCAUUCCCAUGCCAGUCGAUGACACGUACGAAAACAAAGUAAUUGACAACAAUGAUAUUGAGCAAGAAGAAACUGGCGACGCCAAAAAAGAUGACGUUUCCGAGUCGAAUAAUCAUCCUAGUCCAUCAGCACCAGAAAGACCCGCAGCGCCAAACGACCACAACAACAACAACGCAGCCAAUAAUAUUUCUACCGUGAAGGAACACGCGGACGGCAGUGUGAAAGAUGCUACGAACAAGCCACAGACUGUCGAAAAUCAAGCGCCAACAACUUCAUUUACGGAAGCAUGCCAUAAUGCGUCUGCCCCCGCGGCCCAUUAUGACACGGGAGAUCGAAAGGAUUCACAGCAUUUCUUGGACGACGACGAAAUCGAUUUGGAGGAUGACGCUCCUCCUCGCGAUCUCAAUGAUCCAAUCCACAUGUCCGCUCGGAAUUCCAUACCGCCACCCGAAGAAAUGGAGGUUCCCACCGGGUGUCUAUCGUCGCAACUUGAACAGAACGAGAAUGGCAUGCCGCCACAGAGCAAAUGCUCCACAACAGACACGUCCGAUACCCACCAGAAUAGCACGAAUCCUUUUGAUAUCUUCACGUCCAACACAUCCCCACUAGAGCAGACGCCUGCCACGGGCACGUUGGACUUGCUGGCGGCUUUGGACCACCUUCAAGAACUCAUCACCACCGUUGUAGACACACCAAAACCAGAAGAAGAACAACAGCAAGACAAGGGUCAUUGCCAGGACGACGCAGACUUGCUGGGAAAAGAGGAGGAAGAUACCAAGUCAUCUUCGAAACCACCAAUGGGCUGUUCUUCUGCGCCCGCAGAGGAGGACUCGCCUAUGAUGGACGAGGCUGAGAAAAGCAAAGAGGCCAAAAGUGGAGAGGCCCAGACGACGGAUGAUGAUAAGGACGAGGUGGCGGGAAAGAGCGAGAUCGAUUUCCUGGACGAUUGGCCAGCCCCUCCGGCUGCAUCAGCACCUGAACAGCACGAAGAUUUUCCUUCCGAGGGUGGAGAGGCAGAUCUGCUGGGUUUGGGCUCCUUACACGCCCCUUCGCCACAGAAGAAUGCACAGGCUGCACCCGUCCACCACGACCCGAACGAUGUUUUUGGGUUGUUUGAUGCUGACGACCCACAGUCCGUACCCGUAGCACCGCCAGAUGAAAACGCAGACGACGAAGAUGAUUCCUCUGUAGAAGAGAUUAGUGCAUCCCAGGUUCUGUUGGUGGACUCGGAUGGUACCGUCUUGUUUGCCUUGCCACACAAGCGAGACCCAGACGGGGACUAUGUGUACGGCAAUGUCCAUCAAGCGAGUAUGCAUAACGGAUCAAACCCAGAGGGCAACCAGCACGAAACACCAGCGAGUACUAUGCGAGGAAAAGAUCCUCCAGCAUCCUGA